GAACGAUCGAGUUAUGAUCAAGGUCUCGUUUCCGGAGCUGCCCCGUUCGGGUCAUGGCGUCUACCAGGGCAACCUAAUGCUCCGACGUACAAACCACGCAGCGACACAGGACAGCCAAACACCUCAAGCCCCCAUUUGACUUCUGAGCCAACUGCGCAGGGGCCGCGUCCCCCCAGAUUCGAAGGUUACCCUAUAUUAUCCUCAUUGCAACGGCCACCCAGCCAGCCGAUCGGACCGCCUGCAGCAUUGCGAGCUGAUCAGCGUCCCUGGUCACCGGCUUUUGUACCAUCUCGACCAGCAACGACCCUUGGUGUCCCCGGAAUUUUAGGUGAAGGGAUCUACAAGGUGAGCAAGAUUGGCCCUGCUUCUUCAGGCCGCCCAAGAGUGAGACGGACUACAGCAGUCUUUGAACAUCAAGGCCCUCGGAUGUAUACAAUUUCCAAACCAUUUGACAAGUCAAUCAGCAAAAUUGAUGCGCUACAUGCCACUAGAGGUUGGCACCCAAGACAGAGACUCUCUUCAAGCUUGCAAGACGAUCCGAUAAGAUACGUAACCAGGCCCUCAACUCUGGGCGUCUCAAAAGGUCAAACACCGGGCAAGCUUGGAGAAGAUCAUCAAGCCAGUGAAACAUAUGGCAACAUGUCAAGCUCCUUGGAAGGUUUCUCAGUCGACAAGCAGCGUCCAGCAAGGAUUAGACGGCUGGUAACGAUCGACAACGCUUCAUACUCUAGGCAGCCUAGCGAAUUCGACGAGAAAAUCCAGCAGUCACCUCUCUUCAACGCCUUUGAGGAAACGAGAGGACAUGUGCCACCUAAGUCGGAGUCUUCGCAAAACAAUAUAGAUGACGCAAUCAUCUUCAGUUCAAGUCCAACAUUAUUUGAAUCGCCGACUGACCCUGAUAUGACCGAUGAUUGGCUGCUACAGGUGUCACAAGCUCAGCAUCAAGGCCUAGCUCAGGCGAGCAGUAUAUGGGACGACUUCGUAGAGAAAGCCAGUAAAGACAUGGCAUCAGCGGAGCCAUCGGAUGGUCUGGCGGAUAUAUUGUCAAAAUACGAGAACGAAUUUGCGGAGCGCUGGAAUGGUGUUGUGGUAGCCACGGCUCACCAAAUGAGGGAGCACAAGAAGUAUUGA